AUGAAAACAAAAAUCAAAUCUCUUGUAAUAGAAAAUCUUAAAUACAAAGUGUCUAAAGACCAGGUAAUAAAAAUCCUCAAGAGUGAAAACAUAUCUUUAAAAGCAUAUAAUAGCUUCCUUUUCAAGAUAUUGUUAGAACUUAGGAAUCAGUUCGAAGUUAUUGGACCUACAAAAAAGUUCAACGUUGGUACUUUCUUGGAUAAAGAAUUCCUUCAGGGAGACUUAUUGUUAGAAAAUAGAAGGAAAAGGGAAGAAGCUCAAAGAAACGACACUUUGUUCGAGAAAGAAAAUAUCCCAACAAAAUAUUAUGCCAAUACAAUGCAUCUGUCAUAUAGAUUACUCGGUAAAAUGAUAACAAAAGACGAGGUUCUAGAACGGUUUAAAGAAUGUUCUACCAUAUUGGGGUUGAACAGAGAUAUUGGAGAAAAAUGCGCAGAGCACUUAGAGGAAGGGCUGCAGACGUACAUUCUAAGAACCGUGAGUAAGUGCAAUGGAAGAACGACCGUCCCAAAUCUUAAAACCAGUUUGGAAAAAUAUCUACGUUUAUUUAACGGAUUAGAUAUGUUUUAG